UUAAAUAAAUGUCAACUGUCUUUUGGACAUUUCAUUUCAUGGAUAUAAAAUUUUAUUUAUUUUCUGAAAUCUGAAGUAAAAUGGCGCAACAAUCGACUAUGCCCGAUCAACAAUUUUUAUGGGAUGUAUUCCAAAGAGUUGAUAAAGACCGUAGUGGACACAUAUCAGCUGAUGAACUACAAGUCGCUCUCUCCAAUGGUACCUGGAGUCCUUUUAAUCCUGAAACCGUCCGUUUAAUGAUUGGAAUGUUCGAUCGAGAGAACCGUGGUACAGUAUCAUUCCAAGAUUUUGGUGCCCUAUGGAAAUAUGUAACAGAUUGGCAAAAUUGUUUUCGUUCUUUCGACCGAGAUAAUUCGGGAAAUAUCGAUAGAACUGAAUUAAAAACAGCACUUACCACUUUUGGAUAUCGUCUAUCGGACGGAUUAAUUGAUAUGCUUAUAAGAAAGUUUGAUCGAUUCGGAAGGGGUACAAUAUUAUUCGAUGAUUUUAUUCAGUGCUGUAUUGUUUUAUAUACACUUACGACGGCAUUUAGACAGCAUGAUACAGACAUGGAUGGAGUCAUUACAAUUCACUAUGAACAAUUCCUGAGCAUGGUGUUUUCUCUGAAAAUUUAAUCUCACUAAAGCUUAAAAAAUGAUAUUUUAAAUACAUGCUUGCUGCUUUUACUGGGACAACUUUACAUAAAAUUUUUUUUACAAGUUUUAAACAAAAUUAUUCUAAGAAUAAACAUGAAAAAUAUUCAAUUAUUUUACUUUUUAUCUGUUAUGUGAUGUCCACUUUAUUAAAUUAUAAUUGUUGUUUGACUGUAUAAUAAACUUAAAAAGACACUAUCGA